GAUCCACUUUGAGUUCACACGCGCUUUAACUCUCGCUUUCUACGCUCCAAAAAUCGCAAAAAUGUGCAAAAUCCUCCCUCUUUUCGUCCUGGCUGUGGUGGCCGCCUGUUGUCAUGGUCUUCCUGUGGAAUCCGAGCGCGAGCCAAUUGCAAUCCUGAGUUCCGAGAUCAACAAGAAAGCUAAUGGUGGCUACGACACCCAAUACUCAGGUGCAGAUGGAACCUCUCGCAAGGAACAGGCUGAUUUGGUGGACGAAGGCACCGACGAGGAAGCUCUCGAGGUGAAGGGAUCCUACAAGUACAUUAACGACCUUGGCGAGGAGGUGGAGGUUUUCUACACGGCGGGAAAGAAUGGAUUUGUCCCAUAUGGCACCAGUAUCAAUCCUGAAAUCACAGCUGUUGCAGAGGCGGCCAAGAACCUGCCUAAAGAGGUGAAGGUGGAAAAGGCUUAGGAAUGUGUUUUCUGGAAGAGAUCUCUCAAGAUGGUAGUUCAUAAGAUUAAUGGAAAAAAGUUAAAGCGUUGUUGCUAGGCAAACAGAAAUAAAAGAUAAUACGAACUGUGAA